ACGAAAUAUGCGAAAGUACUAGUAGUCAUUGCAGAAGUUUAACCUUCAUAUUGUGCAUGAACCCGACCAAAAUGGCUCGCGGUGCUCAGCCUGUCGCAGAACCCUCAGAGUUCGAAAAGCAAAGACUUGCCAACAUAGCAGAGCGUGAUGCGCUGCUCAGGAAACUGACCCAGGAGGCGCAACAAGCCGGUCUGUACACCAAAGCAGCCAUACCCGCUGCUCAACAUGGCCAAAAACGCGCCGCGAAACCCAAGCAACCUCCUGCAAAGCGGGUCAAGAAAGAAGACAUCGCCCCCCGACGCACAUCUUCGAGGUUAGCUGGCAUUCAAGCGGACAGCGAAGUCGCACAGCAAAAAGCCGAAGAGCAAUAUGUCAAAGCCAAAGAGGUGGAGCGAGAACGGCGGCAGAGGGUCACAGAAGACCUCAAAUUCUCUUAUGGCACAGCUCUGAUCGGGACGGAUGUCCUGCUCAAGGGCGUCGCGAUGCCGUAUGAGCGCACGUUCGACGAGUCCGACAUCCACGAGACCACCGACAAAGAAUUGAAAGCGUUGCGAGAACGUAUGAGUUCGUUGGAGCUCUGGGACCAAUGGGAACCAAAUCGCAUCAAGAUCACGCCGGAGAGGAUAUACAGCAUGGCAUUUCACCCGACGGCCACGAAACCGAUUGUCUUUGCUGGGGAUAAACUGGGCACAUUGGGGAUCGUGGAUGCAAGCCAAAAACCUAACAUCAAGAAAGAAGAUGACGACGAAGAAGAGGAUGAUGAUGACCCGAAUCCGGAAAUGACACACAUCAAGCCCCAUACACGUACCAUCGCGGCGAUGCACUCGCACCCUAGUAAACCACAAACCUUGUACACAGCAAGUUACGACUCGAGUAUCCGCGCAACGGACCUUGAAAAGGGCGUCGCCGUGGAGGUGUACGGUCCGAGUGACAGGACAGACGACGAACCCGUGUCGGGCGUCGAUAUGGCUGCAACGGAUCCCAAUGUAAUAUACUUUACCACAUUGAACGGCGCUUUCGGCGUAUACGACACACGGCAGGACGCCGGCAGCGCGACACUAUACCAGCUCAGCGAGAAGAAGAUUGGUGGAUUCUCCUUGAACCCCCUGGCACCGCACUACCUCGCCACCGCAUCGCUGGACAGGUUUUUGAGGGUCUGGGAUCUGCGCAAGUUAUCGCGCAAAAUGCCAUGUCUGGUCGGCGAGCAUGAGUCCAGGCUAAGUGUGAGUCACGCGGCGUUUAAUACCGCCGGACAAGUCGCCACGACGAGUUACGAUGAUACUAUCAAGGUUCAUUCUUUUGGGGUCAAAUCUGGUAUGAACGCCAAUAUGCAGGAGUGGAAGUCUGGCUUCCAACUUGACGAGGAGGCGAUGAAGCCGGAGGUCGUGAUUCGGCAUAAUAAUCAAACUGGCCGCUGGACAACCAUCCUCAAACCACGUUGGCAAAUGUUCCCCGAGGACAAUAUCCACAAAUUGGUCGUGGGGAACAUGAAUCGCUUCGUCGAUGUCUACAGUGCCGACGGCACGCAACUAGCGCAACUUGGUGGUGAGGGCAUUACGGCUGUGCCAGCCGUUGCUGUCUUUCAUCCCAGUAAAGACUGGAUUGCUGGCGGUACUGCGUCUGGGAAAAUGUGUCUUUGGCUAUGAUUGUUGAUAUCAGGUUGAGAUCUGCACGUCCUGGUCUGUAUGAAACACCGUCGAGUGUACUGUAAAGACAAAGUUGGGACCUUGGAUACAUCUCCUCUGAGCGGAUCUUAGACAUCUUGUAUAAAACUACUUUUGGGCAUGAUUGGACAUUUAGUAUAACCACCUCAGGAGUCUCGUGAGUGUUAGCUUUUGGAGUCCACCUUGGCAGCUGCGCAGAGGUUGGCUAAGUGUCAGGAAUACAGGCAACUGAAUGAUGAACAACGUU